AGGGGACCAGUGGUGGUGGGAAAGAAGCUCACUUAGCGUGGAGCAGGCAAAGGUCUUAGUGGGUAGGUCAGGGCCCAUGGUGCCCCAGUUACAGCCCAUGGGUGGGAAAGCCAGGCUCCACCCAGCUAGGCUCGCCCCAUACCCUCUCGUGCCAGGCUGUGCGUGGGCCCGUGUGCAUCACUGCAUACCGCUCAUUCCACAGCCCUGCCAGGCCACAGCAGGAGGAGGCACCUGAGGAGAGCACAGAGGGGCCUGGUGCCUGAUGGAGGAAAGGAGCCCCCAAUGAAAGCUGAGUCAGAGACAGCCACUUCCCCUUGGCGCCCAGUGCCUCCCGUGGGGCCCCUCCUGGCCUAUCCGUUAGUCUCCUGGCUGCCAAACGCACUGGGCUCAUUCCUCUGACCUGCUGGGAAGCGCAGUGACCCAGGAAGGAGGGAGACAGAAACCUGGAGCCAGACCUGAGCCAGAGGAGGAGGCAGACAGGGGCCGCUGGACUUCCACCCUCCUCUCCCUCCCUGGUUCAACACUUGUCUUUGGCCAGAGCUGUUUUGAGUUCCCCAGGGGAUCCCUGCAGCUCCACCCUGCCCGUGUGGGGCCCCAGCCCCUUGGGGGCCUCCAUCCCAGGAUGUCGAUAGCUGUGGAGACCUUUGGCUUCUUUGUGGCAGCCCUGGGACUCCUGAUGCUGGGAGUAACGCUGCCGAACAGCUACUGGCGAGUGUCCACCGUUCACGGGAAUGUCAUCACUACCAACACUAUCUACGAGAACCUCUGGUAUAGCUGUGCCACCGACUCCCUGGGUGUCUCCAACUGCUGGGAGUUCCCAUCCAUGCUGGCCCUCUCUGGGUAUGUCCAGGGCUGCCGUGCGCUCAUGAUCACCGCCAUCCUCCUGGGCUUCCUGGGCCUCUUCCUGGGCAUGCUGGGGCUGCGCUGCAUCAACAUUGGGAGCCUGGUGCUCUCCACAAAAGUCAAGCUGGCGGCCAUCGCAGGGGCCCUACACAUGCUGGCAGGGACCUGUGGGAUGGUGGCCAUCACCUGGUAUGCGAUCAAUAUCACCCAGGACUUCUUCAACCCUUUGUAUGCUGGAACCAAGUAUGAGCUAGGCCCUGCCCUCUACCUGGGCUGGAGUGCCUCCCUGCUUUCCAUACUGGGUGGCAUCUGCCUCUGCUCCAACUGCUGCUGUGCCUCAAAGGAGGACCGCGUCACCAGGGCCCAUCUUCCCUACAAGCCGUCCACAGUCCAGAUGCCCUCUGUGGCUUCACAGGAAGAAGGCGACAUCAGCUUUGGCAAAUACGGCAAAAAUGCCUAUGUGUAGGAGCUCUGGCAUGUAGAGCCCUGGCCCCAGGACCUCAUCCUCCCUGGAAUGACCUCAGGGCAGGCCAUGCCCUGUGUCUGGAAGCUACAUCUUGUAUCUGGGAGCCUCGUCCAGCUGAGCCACAUCCAGAACCUGCCCCUCACCUGGGCACUCUUGGCCCUCCCAGGCCCAGAACUGCUCCUCAAAACUCGCCUAGGCCUCCGGGACCAAGGGGAUGAAGGCGUCUCCCAGUGUGUGCGUUCUCUAUAAAUACAUGCAUAAAUAAAUGUACACUGUGAUUCCUCAGG